ACCUUGAAGGAGUCACCGCAGCCUCGCCUGUCCCCCUCCCUGGGUAAACGCAGUCGCUCCUCCCUGCACUGGGCGCCAGUCCACAGUACGCUUCGGUCGGGGGAAGGAGCAGGUUUUUGGGGUGCCGUGUAAUAAUACCGAAGCAACACAGUUACAUGUUAUCCUGACGGAUGAUCGCCCCCCCCAUCCUCCCAUAUGAGCACAACUGUUGCAGACUUGUGGAAUAACUCCUUAAUCGCUGACAUGGGCAGCAGAGAAGAAUUCAGCGAUGCAGACAGCGGGAUUAUUCUGCAUUCCAUCCCUGAUAGCCCGACACCCCCCAUGAAGGAUGUGACCACACACACACGGGCCGUGAAGCUGAAGCAGCAGUCCCUGCAGGACCGCUUGGAGCUGUGUCUGCUUGAGUUGAAGAAGCUGUGCAUCCGAGAGGCGGAGUUGACUGGAGAGCUGUCCUCAGACUACCCGCUGUUGCCAGGGGAGAAACCUCCUCGCAUUCGCAGAAGGAUCGGAGCCGCUUUCAAGUUGGACGAGGAGAGCUUGCGGAAAGAUGGAGAGGACUCAGAGCUGCACGCCGUGGAGGCCGACCUGGCCCUGCAGACGCAGAUCUAUGAGGCGGCCCGCCGGCUGUCCCGGGAGCAGCACCUGAGCAGACAGGUGCGGAGGAGCCGCAUACAGCACUGCAAGCUGCAGGAGAGGAAGAUGAAGGAGCUGCAGGAGGCACUGUUUCAGCUGCGCCUCAAGAUGGGCCGCAAUUCGCCCCGGCCCCGCUCCGCUCCUGGGCAGAAAGAACUGGCCACCAUUUCAGAUGACAGCUCGUUAUCAGAUGCUGGGGUGCUGGAUGAAGAUGAGGGAGCCACAGAUUCUUCCCACCAGACCAUGGAGCUCCACCCACCCUCACAGCUCUCGCGCCCCCAACCCCCGCAGACCCUGGAGGGACUGAAACCGGGCUGCCAUGUGGCCCCUGCCUACGAGCGCUCUCCUAUUCAGAACUCCCCCUGGAAGGAGUCUAGCCUGGACCAGCCCUACCAGAAGCCCAAAAGGUCUCACAGGCCUAGCAGUAGCCAGUCAUGUAGUUCAGCUGUCAGCGCUGUUUCGAACCCAGUGGAGCCCAGGUUGGGAGAUGCCCCCCUCCCACACCAGUUUACCCCAGUCAAGACCUUGCCAGUGCCUCAGAUCCAGGUCACUAGUGCCCCCUCCACACCAGAUUUGCACCUGCGUCGCCACCACUCCCUCAGAGCUCCCAGUGUCGCGCUGCCCCACGACUUGGAUCAAGAUCGAAGACGCUCCCCGCUGGCUCACAGGCGGCUCACUGACAGGGGCGACCUAGCCAGGGCAGCGUCUGAGUACCUGGCCUUUAGGGGGACCUCCGGGGGCCCAGUGUACCAGUGCAACUCCGAGGACAGCGGCUCGGAGUGUUCGGCUUCCUCCCACACCGGCUCACCCCGCCGCGAGGCCCAGGCAGAGACCCCACAGCCAAAUGGGCAUCGCUAUGCCCCCCACACCAGCAGCCCACCGCUGGGCUACCCCAGGCCACUGGCUUUCAGUGGGCCCAGCCUCUACAAGAGCCAACACCCCCACUCCACCCCGAGCUUCUACCGGGACUUCGUGGAGGAGAGGACUGGCUACCCAGCCGAGAUGGAUGUCGCGUAUGUGCAUGUAGCCCCUCCCCACUUAAGUGGGCGCAGCCGCUAUGAAUUCUGGCAUGAGUAUGAGGACCCCUCUCAGCAGUGGGUGCCGCAUUCCUGCCCCGUGAACGCCAGACUGGCACGGACGCCCUCGCUUAGGGAUUAUUCCUCCUACCACUACCACAUGAGCCACCCCCAGGAGGCUGUAUCAGACGAGCUACGUUCCUGGCACCAACGGAACCACAUGCAUGUGCCUCGGCCUCACUCGCUCGACCGGCAGGGCGCGGUCCGUAUCAGGACGUAUCAGGGCCGGGACUCUCCGCUGACCCCAGUGAUGCACCAGCUCCCUGAGCAGGUCCCUCAGACAAGAAUCAUCCAUAGACCUUCAGACGGAAGGCCCUUACAGUGGUACAUAGAGGAGGACUCCGAAAUUAUUAGCCAGAUGUAGACGAAGGCUUUCUUUUGGUAUACACGAGAUAUUGGACUUUAUCUAUGUAUCUAUGGUGCUAAUGCAUGUGCUGACACUGAAAAAAUGGACAGUUUGGGACUGGCUAUUUCACCAGUUUUUAUAUCAAUUGCUUCCACGGUCAUGUGCCUAUAACUUUACUGUAAAAAGAAACUUUCACUGUAAAUUAUUUGUAGUCAUUAGUCUACCUCUACAAUAUGUUUAUAGCCGCUCAGUUAUGGAAUCGAUCUGUAACCAUACAUUGGGUGCAUAUGUAAUUAGCCAUGGAACUGGUUGCAAGCAUAGUAAACAAACAAUGCCAUGAACUGUUUUUAUGGGGGAAUAGUUGACUGACUUUAGAUUAACGCCAUUAUCUUCCUUCUGCUGGAGAAUUUUCAGGACCUACAUACAUAACAGAUUCUGAACUUUCAUCACUUAGGGUAGUUAUUUUCUUGAAUAUUGCUGAAAUAAAAUUAAUUUGGUACUAUUUUUAAUGCAUUUCAGUAAUUGCUCCCAUAUUCAAGGUCUUUAGUCUGAAGAAAAAGUUUUCACGUUUAAUAAAUGAAACAGGUUCUGGGCAGGCCCAGGUAAGUUAAACCACAGUAUAAUGAAUACCAACAUAGUAAGAUAUUAGACCUAUGUGCUGAAUGCCUGUGUAUCAGAAAAAAGCUGCCAGAUUAAAAGUAAAACCAAUAAAAUGUCAUGUGAAAAA